AAGUACGCAGUAGUACGCUGUUCCGCACACUUAGUGCACAGAAAAGUACUGAUCAUGAAAUCUAUAUCAGAAGCUUAUAAAGAUCAUCCUAUAAACCUCCAUAACAUCAUCCCAAUCGAUUUCAAAAAAGUUCAUGAGUUACCAGAUUCUCACACAUGGCCGUCUCUCGGUCAAGACUCUAUAUCUGAUACCAGUCAUGAUCAAGUUAUACCUAUUAUAGACAUCGAAGAUCCUAAUAUUGUGAAGCUUAUAGGUCAUGCUUGUGAGACAUGGGGUGCCUUUCAAAUUACAAACCAUGGAAUUUCUAUAUCUUUUCUUGAUGAAGUUGAAUCUCAGAGUAGAAAUCUAUUUACACAACCUUCACAACAAAAACUCAAGGCUCUUCGAACGCCGGAUUCUGUUGGUGGAUACGGUCGUCCUCGUAUGCAACCUUUCUUCCCCAAGUUUUUAUGGCAGGAAGGGUUUACCGUCGUUGAUCAAUCGGCUACUGUUGAUCAGACUUCGAAAAUUUGGCCUAAUGGUGAUCAUACUCCAUUUUGUCAUGUAAUGGAAGAACACCAAAAGAAGUCAAAAGAUCUAGCCAACCGUCUGCUUGGUUUGAUGCUUGACUCGUUAGAGAUUACGAAAGACGAUCUGCGGAUAACAUUGCUAGGCUCUUCCUCAUCACCGGAGGAUCUUAAAUCCGAAGCGCCACACACUGCACUCCAACUGAAUUCAUACCCAGCUUGUCCAGAUCCUAACAAAGCUAUGGGUUUAGCAUCACAUACUGAUACUUCUUUAUUCACAAUCCUAUAUCAAAGUAGCAGAUCAAGAGGUCUUCAAAUUAAAGUAGAUGGGUUCGGUUGGGUUACGGUUCCACCGGUACCUGGUGCAUUUGUUGUUAAUAUCGGCGAUCUUCUUGAUAUUCUGACAAACGGUAGGUUCCCGUCAGCUGUGCAUCGUGCCAUUGUAAACCAAAGUCAUCAUAGGAUAUCCAUCGGGUACUUUUACGGGCCACCAUGCAAUUCAAAAAUCGCACCAAUUCCUAAACUUGUCGACUCUAAUCAUCCUAUCCGGUAUAGGGACAUGACUUGGAGAGAGUAUAUUGGUAUCAAGGCCAAACAUUUUGAGAAAUCUCUUUCUUUUGCCGCUGUUAAUCCAGAGAUUCGCACAAAUGCUCAAUCAUAAUGGAGAUUGUUUGUAACCCCGUUCAUGUAUUAGACAAACAAUGGAAUUUCAUUGAAGUGUUGGCGAUGCGCCACUAGUAUUUUCUAGCUACAUACAUAUAGCUGCAAAUCAACCCUUCAAUGUUGGUACGGUGAUUUUGCUUCCCGCGGCCCUCCUCCUUAGAUUUGCAGUUUUGCACAGACACUGGAGUCCUUGACCAAGUGUGAACAAUAUA